AGUGUGUGUGUGUGUGAGAGUGUGUGUGUGUGUGAGAGUGAGUGUGUGUGUGAGAGUGAGUGUGUGUGUGAGUGUGAGAGUGUGUGUGGAGUUUAUUUAUUUCUUCAGCACCGUAGUGAGGAGUAAUUCAGUGAAUAAAACCUGCAGUCGGAACAUAUAAAUAGCGAGUGGAGAUAGAAGUGGUGAUAUCCGAUCUCAGCCUCUUGAUAAUCUGCUCGGUUUAUUAGUUCAGCUCUCAGUGUUCAGGGAGGAAUAGAGAUCAUGUCUGUCUCACAAAAGUCCAGUGAAAAGCCCAACAGCAGCACUGAGUGCAGAACUAAUGGAGGUGUAGCAGAGGAGAACUCGGACAGUGAUGAUCCAUCUUCAUCAGCUUCACUGUUAGUUAGGAAAAAGAAAAUAGUCCUUCAUGUGGAUCUGAACAACACAAUCCUGGUGUCUGAUGCUGUUACGAAACAAGGGACAGUCGCUGCUCUUGAGUAUUUUUUGUCCACUGUGACCUGGGGACGGAUGUCAAAAGGAAAAUGGGAGUGGAUGUGUGAGACUCCGUCUCUCCUCCCGCCGAGUGAGGAUGCUGUGAGUUACUACUCUCAGUUUGGUAGAGUAGUAGAUUUCACCACAGCUGGGCCGGGCAGGCAUUUCCGGAAGGCUCUUGAGGAGCAUCUCGAACUGCUGCGCUGGCCUUUGGACCUACCUGCGCACAAGGAGCUUUCUGUAAAAGGAGAAGAUGGAAAGCUGUACCACUGGAUCCUGCCCUCUUUCUUCCAGCUGUUGCAGGAUCUGACCUCGCGAGGGAUUGAAUUUUCUAUUUUCUUCCGCACCUUUGGCUCAGAUCUCCCACGCCUGCUGAAGGCUGUUCAACAAGUCCUCGAGCUCGGCACACAUCCACUCUUCCCAGUACUUCCAGAACUGAAGCUAAGUGUGGACACAACACCAGGGCAGAUCAGAUGCAACACUAAGGGUGUGAUUCUGAUUCACGGAGAGAUGCACAUAUCCACACAGGACGGGGAACGUAGUCCAUACCGGUAUUUAAGCUCCUCACAGGGUCUGGGUGGCUUCCAGGACCACUUUAACUGGUGGGCACGAAACUCGUACACCGUUAUGGGAGGAAAGCCACUGUGGAUCGACCCGUUUGACCCCACAAUCCAACACAUCUUUAUUGAUGACAACAUCCACCUGAACAAUGAUGACACUAUCGUUCACCCUAAGGUAUUUCUGGAUCCUGAGAGCUCGGAGACGCGCACAGCCUCCACUUCGGAGCUCUAUGACCUGUGUCUGAUUCAGACUGACCUCCUCAGAGCCAUUUCUGAACCCAGCUACUUCACCCAGCGUAUUCUGAUCUGCAUGGAGAACUAUGAUAGGAACCUCAGGCAGCAACUCGGAUAGAUCUCACACGCUUCCUUCCAGGAGAAUCAGUACUGAGUUUACUCGAAUGUUCUGCACUAAACAUAUAUUAGCUCUAGAUGUUCUCACAUCUGCUAAAGUGUAUUAACACCAUCUGUGUGUCACUUUAAAGGUGCAGUGUGUAGAUUUUGGAAAGUCUUUGUAGACUUAAUAAUCAUGUGAUUGAAAACAUAGCUUAGAGAAAAAAACAGUACUGCUGUGGAAAGGACCUGGAUGGUUUCUUGGCUUCAGUAGCUCAUAACACAAGCAUAGUUUCCUCAGAGUGCAUGAGGUCAGUUAGGACAAAACAGUAUACACACAGACACACACACACACACACACACUAGCAGCUAAAACCUGACAUGCAACAAUUAAAUUUAGGUUCACUGAGCACUUUAUUAGGAACAAUGGUAUGACUAUUUACUUGUGCAGUAAUCUAAUCAGACAAUCAUGAGACAGAGAUGGACCAGCAGCUUCGGGUAAUGUUCACAUCAACCAUCAGACUGAGGGGAAAAAUGUCAUCUUAGUGAUUUUGACUGGACUGUGAGUGUUGUUGGCAGACAGGCUGCUUUAAUUAUUUCUGUAACUGCUGAAAUCCUGACAUUUUUAUGCAAAGCAGUUCUCAGUCACAGAACAAAACACGAGACAGGAUUCUGCUGUGAGAGACAACAUUAGAGAAAAUCUAGAAGUAAUAUUAUCUGGGUGAUUGAAGUACCAAAAUAAAUAAUGUAAUAUUUUAUCAAAAACAUUAUACAACAAUAUAAUUCAUCUCAUAACUAGUACUGAAAUUAUUCAGAAGUUAUUCAGUUCUAUUCAAUCUUUCAGUCUUCUCAUCCCCUCUGUAGAGAAGCUUUUCUGGUCAUCAGAUUACUCAGGGAUUCCUAUGUUACUGGACAUUAUUAUAGGCUUGGUACAUUUAUAUUUAGGUUUGAUCAUUAUGAGUAUACUUGAAUUUUUGGACAUUGGGUUUAAAAUGGGACAUAGUAGUAUUCUGAUCAUCUGCAUUGCUCACUGAUAUAUUUAGAAAUGUAUGUCCAUUUGAAAUGUUCAGGGGUAAAAUAAUGCCAGUGGAGGGUAUGUUACUCAUGCUACUGAAAUUAGACACAGCAUCAUAAUUACUUAUGUAUUUAUUUAUUUAUUUAUUUUCAUAUUAUAUUGGGUGAUGUACACCGGUCAGUCAUAACAUUAUGACCAGUACCAGGUGAAGUGAAUAAGACCCCUGUUAGUGGGUGGGAUAUAUUAGACAGCAAAUCAACAUUUUGUCCUCAAAGUUGUAAGGAUUUGAGUGAGUUUGACCAAAAGGACCAAAUUGUGAUGGCUAGACCACUGCAUCAGAGCAAAACUGCAGCUCUUGUGGGGUGUUCCCGGUCUGCAGUGGUCAGUAUCUAUCAAAAAUCCUGUAAGUUGAACUGCUGCUAACAUCUUGGUGCCGGAUCCCACAGCACACCUUCAGGAAUUUAGUGGAGUCCAUGCCUCGAUGGGUCAGGGCUGUUUUGGCAGCAGAAAGGGGUCCUUUUUAACACAAUAUUAGGCAGGUGGUCAUAAUGUUAUGCCUGAUUGGUGUAAGCGCUAUUGAGUAUUCUGUAUUUUUUAAGGUUUCAGAGGUUAUUUUUGUUGUUUGCUUUUCUCUUCAUUAUUAAACUAAACUGAAUAACUUAU